AUUUCAUUAACAAUAAUAGGAAGGGGAACUUGCCAGAUUCUCGUCCCAAUCAAUAAAUUAUCUCAUUUUUUUUCGUGCUUUUCUCUCUCAACUCUCAACAAUGGCACGAUUACUCUCCAAAACCUUCCAAGCUCGACCCUCAUCUCUCACUGCCCUUUCUCUCUUUCUGUCCCAAUCCCAUCGAUCUCGUUCCACGCUAUCCGGCCGCAAUGACCGCCUCAUCGAGGUCGACCUAUCGUCUCAGUCGCCGGACGGUGAAUCGGAGGCUUUGAUGAUCAAGAAGCUCGACGACAUAGUUCAUAGGAUCAUCGUCCAGAGGGCCACCCCUGACUGGCUUCCUUUCCUUCCCGGCUCCUCCUUCUGGGUCCCGCCUCGCCGUGACCCCUUCAAGUUCUCCGACUUGGUCGACAAGCUCACCGAUCGCCUCAGCGACGAGGAGUCUCUUUCACUCUCUUCCGAUCGUGGCUGGCCUUGCGCUCAUUUAUUAGUCAAUCGCAGUGGAUCUGAACUAGCAAGGUAUGAUGAUGUAGAGGGAUUAGGAGAAUUCGAAGUGGACGACGAAGUAGAGGUUCUGGGUGAUUCAGAGGGAACACAUCGAUCAGUUGAUAAGAAAGGGUGAUUCACACCAUUAUUAAAUAUUUAGCAGCCAACUGAUCCCUUAGCUCAGGAUCAUUUGAAUGAUUGAAAGAACAAAAGAAUAGGAUUUGGCUUAAUGGCAAGCGAGAAAUAGAAUGAUGUACAGCACGGUAUUGGUACCUUGGGCUGGGGAGAAAUCACUUUUUUUAGCUUCUUUCCAGUUGUAAAUCCUCCCCGUUCUAUGAGAUUUAACCUUGCUGCUAUGAUAUUUAUGGUGUUUACGAACGAUUGGUGAAUAACAUCAAUCACAUGCAUAUAUUAACAUCCUCGAGCUUGAUUGUUGUUUAUUGCUUUUCCUUGUACCUUUAUAUGUAUUCACUAUCUGAAAGGGACUUGUUAUAUGCUGUCAUAAGGGGUUCACUGUGGACGAACCUACUUCUGAUGCUUUCACUUUAUAGAAUUAAUGUUAAUAAUGUAUUUUUGAGCUAAAA